AUGAAAGAGAGGGAGAGAGAGAAAAAUGAAAGUUUUGGGUGGGAAAGAAGAAAAUCCCUAAAUUUCUAUGUUUCUACGUUCAUUGCUGAGACAAUACGCAAAGUUGCAGGUUUUGAACAAGUAAGUACGCGUUAUUCAUCAAGAAAUUCCGAAUGUCAAUCUAUUGUCGAUAUUAUAUCAACUGCUUUCACGGCAGGUAUCUUGCUGCUUUAUUUUACAGAACACGAUUGCAAUACAACUGCACAAGAUUGGUCACCCAGUGAAAAAUGUCCAUUUUGCGAUGGUUUACGUGUAUCCACGUUUGAUUCUCUUGAAGAAGAUUCGAUAAGAAUGGAAACGGAAAAUGAAAGUACAGUAAACGGUAUUGACCAUGACUGCUCUAGUCAAGCAAGGAUUGAACAAGAUAGAACGAAUGGUUUCGUGGAAAAUACGACACAUUUAGAAUCAUCAAGUGUACCACAAUCCUGUUUACCUUACAUACAUCCAUUUCCCAAUUUAUACACACCAACUGUUUUUCCGAUCGUGACGCCAUUUGUGCCUAUUCCUGAAAUAGCUAACCAGUUAUAUUGCCAAAGUCUUCUACAUUGGAGUGCAUCUGGCUUGUUAUUGCAACAAAUUAAUUCACAACACUUAGCAGAAAAUUUGCGCAGUCCAGUCAAUGAACAAUAUCAUCAGGCUUUAAAAGCAAAUAGUCUAAAACACGGUAAGGAAAACAGUGAAUCGGAAACAAAUCACUUUUUACGGCCUUUGGUAUCAGAUACAUCAAAUGAAGGCAAACGAGUUGCUCAUGUUACUAGUAAGAAUGAUCUUUCUAAUAUAUACUUAGGAAUAGAAAAAUCAUCAUCAUUUAUGAACUGCGAGUCCUUAUCCGAACGGUUAACCUUUAAGGAAGAAAACAGCGAUAACGGUACAAUGCAAGAUGAUCAACCCUUGGACCUAAGUUCACGUUGUGCGCUUCAAGUGGCAAACCAAUGUGUUAUGUCAUCAUCCAUUCAAAAUUAUCAGGAUGAUAAACGAUCACUUCCAGCAAUUACCAAUAAUUCAUCGAAUACUUUAUCGAUAGACGAAGAAACUGAUUCGAUGGCGGAUAAUGCAAGAAAUGCUGUUGAAGUCACUAUGAUAAAUUCAACAAUCAGCAAAAGAAGCUAUAGUCAAGCUGAUUUAGAUGCUGCAGUUCGAGACAUCCGAUACGGGCGUCUUGGAACGCGACGAGCUAGUGUUGUUUACGGUAUUCCAAGAUCAACGCUACGUAAUAAAAUUUACAAACUUGAAGCAGCUGAAGAUCAGCAUGCAGACGGCACAUGUAGAAAGAAGAAACGUGUUAAUAGUAUCAGUCCUGGAAUAACCUUAACGCCAAACAACUUACGGAUUUUUCCUAUAACCGCUGUUUCACCUUCAAAUAAUAUUAAUGAUGAUCCUACGGAAAUUACUAUACCAUCAAGAAAAGAGCUUAUAUUGAUGGAUAAUACAUCAAUGUCAAAUUUUGUCCAUGAAAUUGGUUCAAGUAAUCGACCUCACUAUACCAAGCAAGAACCAAUCAUCGUGAACGACCAACAAACAAUGGAGAACAAAAAAUCGCUGUGGUCACCGUUUGCGAUUCAGUCAAUUUCUGAUCCAAAAAGUAUUCAACAUGAGGAUAAAAAAGUUAUUGGUAGUCCAGUCCAUAGUACGGGAAGCCAAUCUGACUGGAAAAGAUCACGUCCCAAGCGUGGCCAAUAUAGAAAAUACAAAAAAGAUGCGUUAGAUGAAGCAGUCCGAUCUGUACGUCGUGGUGAGAUGUCUGUUCAUCGCGCUGGUAGUUUUUACGGGGUACCUCAUUCAACAUUGGAGUACAAAGUUAAAGAAAGAAAUUUGAUGCGAACGAAACAUAAAAAAGCUACUGCAGGAAAUGCCUUUGAAGCUAAAAAUUCUGGUAAAGGCAUGCAGUAUUUUCAUUUGAUUAUCUAA